GCGCUGACGGGCGGCGGGGCGGGGCCGGGGGGCGGAGCGGCGCCGGCGGCCGGGCAGGGCCGGGCCGGGCGGUGGGGGCCGGCGGCACCGGGAGCGGCGAUCAGGCCGCCUCCGCGCCCAUGUGCCCGCAGCCCCCGCCGUCCAUGGAAGUGAUGGAGGGGCCCCUCAACCUGGCUCACCAGCAGAGCAGAAAAGCAGACCGCUUGUUGGCAGCAGGGAAAUAUGAAGAAGCAAUUUCUUGUCACAAAAAAGCUGCUGCAUACCUUACAGAAGCUAUGAAGCUGACCCAGUCAGAGCAGGCUCAGCUAUCACUGGAAUUACAAAGGGAUAGUCACAUGAAACAGUUACUGCUCAUCCAGGAGAGGUGGAAAAGGGCAAAGAGAGAGGAAAAGCUGAAAGCCCAGCAGAACGCUGACAAAGAAGCAGCUGCACACCUUCAGACUUCUUUUAAGCCACCUGCUGAAGAAUCUGAUGAUCAGAAUGUCUUGGUUCCUGUUACUCAGAAAUACAGCCCUUCCACAGAGAAACAUCUACACGAUGUUCAGGGUGUCUUUGACAGGGACCCAGAUACGCUAUUAUUUCUGCUUCAGAAAAAAAAGGAGCCAGUGGAAGCAUGUAUUGGCAGUAAAGCUCCUAAAGACGACAAAACAAUAAUAGAAGAGCAGGCAACCAAAAUCGCAGCUUUGAAACGGCAUGUAGAAUUUCUUGCAGCUGAAAACGAGAGAUUAAGGAGAGAGAAUAAGCAGUUAAAAGCAGAAAGAGCAAGACUCCAAAAAUCUCCAGUAGAGAAGGAGUUGGAUGUAGAUGCUGACUUUGUAGAGAAGUCAGAGUUGUGGAGCCUGCAGCAACACUCGGAAACUGCUUCGUCAGCUGCAACUUGGCAAAAGUUUGCAACAACUGCGGGGAAGGCAAAGGACAUUCCAAUACCCAACCUUCCGCCCCUGGACAUCCCAUCCCCUGAACUCCCUCUGCUGGAACUCUCUGAAGAUAUACUGAAAGGACUGAUGAAUAGUUAAAAACCAGGAAAAAAGUGCUCAAUGUAGUUACCUAAACUAAGAAAAGGGAAAACCACCAGGACAAUGAUAACCUGAGGGCAGAAACAUCUAACACAAUCCUACUGUUGGAGAAAAGGCAUUAAGCAACUUUGUUACUGUGAAAUACACAUCAUAUCUGAUCUACUUCAUAAAACUUAAAGGUACCAUAAUUGGUAUAAGGCAGGCUCUUUAGUCUUUCUCCCAAUGUUUCAAACCAAAUGACUGCCUGGAGAAUGUUUCAUGUAACACAAUCCUUCAGGGGUUUAAAGUAUGCUAUAUGUAAUAGUUAAUCUAUAAUGCCAUAAAUGAUGGUGCAGAACCUAACUGUUAUGGUUGCCAGUCGGCUGCCACUUCAUAUUGAAAAAUGCUUUCUAGCAUGAAUUUAAACUGUGCAUUUCAUUAUGCAUAACUUUGUUAAUUCAGAUACAGUGCAAUUUGUACACUUCCUAGAUGGAUUUAUGUGCCACACUCUAUACUCCUGACUAAGUUAACCUCAAAUCAGGAGAGAUUUAAAUUUCCAUUCUAUGAAGGAACCAACUUAUUAGUUCUGUUGAUGAGGUUUUUUUGGUUAUCUGUUUACAUAACUAAUCAGGGUGCAUCAAAUCUAGCUAUUGGUUUCUGUAUAAAGUGUCAUUGUUUUUAAAAAAUCUAUACUUAAGGAAAAAUACCCUUUUUGUUUUCAGUGAUGCAUGAAUGGAAGUAAUUCUAGCUGGCAGUAUUUGAUUGAACAAGAAAUUGUUUACAGCUUAACCUGAUUCAAAAAGGAUAUGAAAAUAAAAUCCAAGGUGUUUUGACACUAA